CUGUUGUCUCUUGUGAGUUUGUUUACAGACAAGGUAUGAGGAACAGACUGAGAAGAUGUAUGAACUCCUCUUUUUUGACACGUUCUCACAUGAAGUUAGCGAAAAAGUGCAGUUGGAUUUAGUACAGUUUCCAAGGCCUGUACAAGUGACUGAGGUUCGUGCCAUUCCACUUGGGGCUCGAGUACAGGCAGAUUUUCCUGGUGGAGUACGUCUUGGUGCAACAAAUCCAAGUCAGUUUGAAAUUGAGUUCUUUGUUAAUGACCUCAGCAAACGGGGAGCUGGCACAUUUGAAAGUGUUGGUUGUCUGCAGUACAAUCAGCAUGGGAAAAUACAUAUGGACUUUGAAAAGAAGGUUCCAACUGAUGGAUUACUACUUCGUGGCAACUAUAAUACAAUCACUCUUGCUGUAUACGGCCAUUUAACAAAAGUUCAGAGAGAGCCUACUCCGCCCAAAUCAACUAAACGUGGAGAAGUUGUUCCUCAUCCACCCCCAGAAAAAGUCAACACACAUGAUCGAAUCAGGGACUGGCUGGAGGAUACUCAGGAGUGUAAUUUAUUUCUACAGCGCAAGCAGCAGCCAUUUUCCCAUGAUCCUUCAGAGGAUGCUCAGCCAGAGUGGGACUCAAAGCCUCCAAGAUCACCCCUGGAAUAUGAAGAAACCAAACAAUGGGAUGAGGAACACGUAGAGCACACCCGGGAGUAUGACCGCGACCGAGAGAGAGAAAGAGAAAGGGAGAGGGACCAAAGAAACUAUAGAGGAGAAAACAGAGAUAGGGAGAGAGAUCGGGAAAGAGAGAGAGACAGAGAUCGAGAGAGAAGAAGAUCUGUUGAAAGAUCAUGGAGCAGAGAAAGAUCUUGGGAACGAAGUGAACGUAGCGGUUCCCGGAGAGACUCAAGGCGAGAUAGUGUCCGUGAAGGUGAUCGAGAAAGGGACAGAGACCGUGAACGUGAAAAAGAAUUUGAUAGAGAGAGAGACAGAGAACGGGAUUAUGAGAGAGAAAGGGAUCAUGAAAGAGAUAGAGAAAAAGAAAGAGACAGAGAAAGAGACAGGGAAAAAGAAAGAGAAAGAAUAAGAACUAGAGGAAGAGACAGAGAAAGAGACCGGGAUCGUGAACGUGAACGACGUCACAGCCGUGAGAGCAGAGAGCACUUUGAAGAAGAGAGAUUAUCAACCCAAGAACCUCCACCAUCAAGAGGAAGACACAGUAUGGAAGAAUGGGAUGAUAGACGAUCAGAGAGGUCAGAUAGGUCAGGUCGUCGUCCACGCACACCUACUGAAACCCAGCCAGCACCUGGUGGUUCUCCAUAUCAUGGAGAAAAUUUCAGUGAAGAAGGAAGUCAUGGUGGCACGCCCCAUGAAUAUCGUGAGAGAGAGGUACAAGAAGGACGAGAUAGAGAGAGGGAAUCCAGAGAGUUUGAAGCAAGAGAACAGCAAACUGUGUUGCCCCCACUGCCAACAGGAGAAGAUAUGGAGGCCAUUAGUGAUGAUGAAGACCUUCCGGAUCUCCCACCAGAGACGGGUGAGGUUGAGGAGGAGUACCCACCAGAGGACUGCAUGGAAGAAAUGGGAAUUGAUGAAACUCAACAAGAUGAAGUUGAGGAUGUUGAAGGAUUUGGUUAUGAAGAGAUUAUCAGUGAUGAAGAAGAACUUCCUGAAUACCAGUAUGAAGAAGAAUGGCUGGUGGAUGAGUGGGAAGACUGGUUAAAGCCUUUUAAUCCAAGCCAGUUCCAGAUGGUUGGGUUGCAGUACCUUGUGAGUCCUACACUCACUGACUACCAAGUGGAGUGUCAGAGAUGGAAGGCGAGGUUUGAGUUGGAAGGACAAGAUUUGGAAGAGGAACCUCAUCAGGCUGUCAAGCUUGAAAGUCUACUUACUGAGGCAGUCAUCCCUAAGUUUACUGCAGAAGAGAACGUAGUAGAGACAGAAACAGGAGAAGCCAGGGAAGAAGAGGGGGAAAAAUGGGUACAGGCCAUGGAACAUGUUUGUCAACUUCUUCCCAAAGGUCUUCCAUUCUUGGUGGCUAAAACUGGAAAUGAUAUAUGUAACACACUCUGUGACUGGGUUGACAUUGGUUUGGACUUCGAGAGAGCUCUUUUCCAAGAGCAGCCAGUUUACAAGAUUCGUCACAUCAAGGCUGGUGUUCGACUUACACAACUGAUGUUGCAAUGUUCUUGUGACCUGACAAGACUACUCCUGAAUCGUAAUAUAAUGGAAAGGCUAUAUUCCUUGUAUUACAAACCACAUAUGGCACUCUCCAUCAAACUACUAGUUCUCAAAACUAUUGACACAAUCACAAGAACACCAUUGGGACUAAGAUUCUUUCUGGGAGAGUCUGAAGAUAUACUUGAAGAAAAAAAAGAAAAAAAUGGGUAUGAGCUUAUUUUAGAGAUGCUUGCCGAUGUUCCACAAACCCGAGCUAAGGUGGCCUUGUCAGCUAUAGUUAGGAAGGUGCACUUGCUGGAGAUUUGCCACCAGCUGAGUGAAGACACGAAGAGUCUCAUCAAACAUCUGCCACCCUUCGAAGAUGAUACAAAAGGCAAAGAAGAGCUAAAUCCUGAAGAUGAGGUAAUGGAAACUGAUGAGGCAGAGGGUCGAAUUGAUCUACCAUCAAAUUGGAGCAGUAAUGUCCCAGAUUCCUUGGUUCAGGCGAUUAAUUCUUGUGUGCGGGAAGUAUUAAGAGUGUACAAAUAUGCUGACCAAUUACUGGCACAGCCACACAGGUGGCUACCAGAUUCCAAGCAGUUUCAGCUGCCCAAGAACCCUCAUGAUGCUCAUCCUCAGCUGUAUUUACUAUUUGAUCAUGGUGAACUGCUACAAUCUUUGGCUGUGUUGCUUGGAGCUUUGGGUGCAGUGCAAAGUGGAGCUUUGAUUGGAGAUGUCAAAAGUCUUUUGGAGUGCAUGUUGUCCUGUGGACAUGGUGUGAGAUAUAUGGCUGCUCAUCCAGAGCCAUCCACCACCAUUGCUAGGAGUUUGACACAGCUUGGAGAGGAUGGACGUGAAGAAGGGAAUGAUGACACAUCUCUGCACCAGCUGGGAAUGCAGAUGGUGCACACCUUCCAUGCUCUCCAACAGUUAGAUGCCUUGGCACAGUUGGCCACAUCCCACAACACUGACUACUCUCAAGCAGUAGUUCAUUUCAAUACAUUAACAUCACUACUUCUUUCACCAGCCGGUCGUCAAGCAAUUACUUCACUGUUGAGCGUUGGGAAGAAUAUAGAAAUAUUAUUUCCAUAUCUUAAACUUGGAGCUGGUGAUGACCAGGAUAAUGCCCCAACUAGACUUGCUUGUUAUGGCUAUGCUGUUGACCUCAUAGUGUUAACUGUGAAAUUCUCAGAAAAUGUGGAAAUGCUUGAGCAAUAUGGUGCAAAAUUGUUAGAGUUAAUGGAUUAUGAAGAAACACGAGAGGGACCAAAGUUAGAUGAACAUGUUAAACUUUGUGAGAUUAUUCCAUGGAUAUCCAUCGCGAGAUCUUCUGAAAAUUUCUCAUAUGAUAAUUUGGCAAAUCUCUCCAACAACUUGAAAGACCAGUUGGAGAAAAUUGACAAAUUUUCGGGUGAACUGGUGACACAUCUACGCAUUAUUCAAUAUUUAACUGUACCGAAAUAUCCUGUGUCUAACCUUGCACCUGAGGACCACAAUGGGGAACUAAUAGAAGAAUUAAAGUACAAAUAUGCAACAGUUCAGCUUUUUUCUGCAGACUGUCACACACACUUAACAAACCUCUUAACUAAGCUCUGCUCCAUGUACUCCCAACCAUCUGUGCAUAGCUCAAAUUUCACUUGUUCAGAAGGUGCUGUACUACUAGCAGUAAUUCAACCUACAUUAAUUUUACUUAAAAACAUCCUUACAUAUGUCAUUCAGGCAAGGAACACCAAUUUCAAAGACUUGUCUGCUAUUGUUCCUCUUGUACAAACAUACCUUUUGCUGCAGUCCUUCCCCAUGGGAUCACAACAUUAUAAUCAAGCACAAGAUAUGCAGCAGGAGGUCAUUAGCAUUUUAUUGGUAUAUACACAACCAGUAUACUCAAAGGCUGAAGGAGAAGAGGUUCUAGCCAAAAGUCUAUGGACAAAGAUGAUGGCUGAGAUCUUCAAGUACCUUUUGACUGGCCCUCACACUUUUACAGGAGUCAUCAGUUUGGUCAUAGAAUUAUUACCACUGCCCCUGCCUAUUCAGACCCGCAAAGCUCUCUCUGAUGAAGAAUCCUCCCAAAUUAUUAAUCUACGCAAACUGUGGAGUGCCCACCUUUACUGCCUUUCAGCCAACAUUCACGAGAUCAUCAUACGAUUAGGUGUGACCAGCUUUCCACCUCAAAUGCAUCUCUUACGUAGGAUGUGCAUUGCUCUCUCUGACCUGGCUGCUCCCAUGGCCCUUUUAGUAGGUCGUGCAACUCUGGAUCUUGUUCUUCAAGCGCACAGAUUGGAUCAGCGUGCUGCUGGUGAGGACUUUGGACCAUGUUCUCUGCAAACUGGGCGUGUUCUGAAUAUGCUCGCUUUGUUAGUGUCUCAUGCACCCACUAAGGCUGCGGUUCUUCACCUAUUACGUGGAGGCACACCUACGUUGGCUACCAAUGUGACUAAAGGGGAAGAUAAAUAUACAGGCUUGGUGGCUCUGUGGUGUCGUAUCCUCAAUGUUGCUGCUAGCGGGUCUCAUGCUCACAUGCAGGCUCAGGACUGCAUAAUUUCAAUUAUUCAGUAUCUUUGUGAUCAUGAAAAUGCAAUGCAUGUUACUCAGGAUUCAGUAAUGCAAGAAGGAGAUGUGCAUAGUAAUACACCAACAGUGCUCACAUUAAGUGGUGUCCCAAACAAAGAUACCUUGAUACCAAUUGUGGACGCUUUGAUAGACCACCUCCGUAACCUUCACAGCUCUCAUCAGUCAAUCCAGCAAGUUCUCAGAGCUUUGAUGCAUCUCAUGGAACAUGACUAUGGCUUCUAUCACAUCAAGAGUGUUAUGGAGAAGAAAAGGGCAUGUUUGAUUAGUCUUUUCAAGAGGCUAAGUUCAACAUUUAGAAAAGAAUCUCAUGAGCACAUAACAUCACUCCAGGGUGCACUGGAGUUUUGCCAGCUGCUUAUCAUGAAUGAAGAUUCUUCAAUGUCACGAACAAUGAUAGUCUCUGCCUCAGAAUUAGCUAAUUACCUUGGUUGGAAGCCAGGAGGGUAUGAGAUGCAGUUUUCUAAGUAUUCCCAGGAUAAAAAGGACAUAAUUAAAAAAGAGGAGAAAGAAAAAGAAAAGGUGGUGAAGGAAGAGCCUGUUGUAGAGGAACCAAAAGCAGAGAAAGAAGAGACACCUGAAAAAGAGAAUGAAGUUGAAGUUAAACAAGAGGAAGCGGAGGUUGUUGAAGAGAAAAAAGAAGAGAUAAAGAAAGAAGAGGUAAAGAAAGAAGAAGUGAAAAAAGAAGAGCCACGAAAAGAAGAGGAGACACAGGAACGAAUCCAUCCAUUAAAAUUGCUUGAAAGUCAAGUAGUGGCAGAUGGCUGCGAAGAGGAAAUGAUGGAAUCUUUGUAUGAUGAUAUCUCCCAGUUGAUCACAAUUCUGGAUCAAGCCUGCCUGUCUGAAGUGAAGGAAUUGAGUGAGCCAGUGGGCCCUGAGAUGGAGACCCUACAAUCAUUGUUUGCCUCAAGGGUAGUGUGGACUAUCACUCUCGCCGAUGAUGAGAUUCCUUCCUUCUGGCUUGUACCACCUGUAUAUGAAGAUGCUGAUCCCUCAGAAAUGGUACCUACAAACUUAUUGGAAACUUGUCGUCAAUAUGCAGGAGAAUAUGACCUUUUGGGAACAUUGCACAAACUUGUUAAGGGUCAAGGUUCUCAAGCACUCACUCCACAGAAGCUGUGUAAAGGCCCACCCAGGUACAAGCACAGUGCAGGUGCUAUAAGACCAGACAAGAGAGGCAGACCUUUUGUCGCUCCAAUGAGGGGUCGUUCAUUCAACCGAGGGGUGAACAUGAGAAGUGAUCCCUUCCGUUCCCGCCCUCCCAACACUUCUCGGCCUCCAUCCCUCCAUGUGGAUGACUUUGUUGCCCUAGAGAGCACUGGACACCAGCCCACUGGCCCUACAGGAUACAACAAGAUAUCCUUUGGUCGGGGCAAGGUACAUUUCUUGCUAGACUCCAUGCGAGGACGUGGCAGCCGUGGACGAGGUGACAGUAGAGGGAGCAGAUUCUUCCACAGACCACCCUUCAGACCAGAUUGCGGUAGGGGUGUUGUUCGUGGGAUGAAUCCGAGAGGUAGAGGUAUGCCCUGGAUCUUCCGUGGUGAUGGUUCUCCAAGAGGUUACCGUGGGGUACCUUUAAACCCCGGGACAAUGCGCUUCAUGCGAGGUCGUGGAAUGUACAUGAGAGGCAAUGGAGUAGGAAAUGGCCCCAAAGAUAGAUUUCCUUCUAAGUUUGUGGAGCGCGGUGGUAGACGAGACAUGAAUGGAGGGAGACAUAUGAGGGGAGGGUUUAGGUGAGGUAAGUGUACUUGAGUAAGUGGUACAUAAUAAUUCAAUUGUUAAUUUGUAGGUUUGAUACUGUAUUAGAGAAAAUGCUUUUUGAAUUUAUAUAUGUAUGUAUAUUUGUGUAAGUUUUUCUGUGGCCAGCUGUCCUUUGCUAGGCAGCUUUCAUAUAAUGCACUCAAUAAGUCAUUGGUGUAGGAGCCAAGAGACCUGAUGUAAUGCCUGUGACUAAUGUAAGUGUUUUGUAAACCUCCACUAUUGCAAAUAUAGCCCCCAAAAAGGGGUGUUUGGAAGUAACGAAUUUCCUUCAUGGACUGCAGAGGAAGGAAGACAAAUGAGCAUAUGACGUCAUAGAAGCUACUGCACUUCUAUUGUUUCUUCCUGAUUGGCCAUACUGGCCUUCCAGGCUUCAAUCUAUUCAUUCUUGGCCACACUUCCCACAGAACAGGUGAUCCACUAUUUGCUCCACAUACUCUGAAGACAAGUUUGUUGUCUUAAUUAUUUAAUGCUAAUUUAUGAGUUUUAGGGCUAAGUAAAUGGGACUAUUUAAGGCAUUUUAGCAAGCCUUUACAUUCCUCAGUUUUAGAUAUAGCUAAAUAUUAGAGUGGAUUCUCGAGAAUUCGUGGGUUAGGUACCAGAAAACAUCGUGAAUUAUCAAAUUUUGAAUUAUAGUUUAAUUUAUUUACGUAUAUGGAAGUAAUUACUUUGGUUCCAGAGGUCAAGGAAUAUCCAUAAACUGUUCCAAAACUGCUUUAAUAAACAUUAAACAUCAUACUUAAUACAUCAAAAAGUACAGUACGGUAACACACAGAUGUUGUACAAAAAGUAGAUCUAUGCAGGUACAGUAUUAUAUAAACAGCUCCUUCCCUUCUCAUAAUUUUGUGUGGGUUACACCAAUACAUUAACAUGGAGUCAGGCAGGUGCUGGACUAGCUGUGACAAUUCAAUAGCUCAUCUGGGUAUUUAUUUAUUUAUUUAUUUUAUUUUUUUUUUAUUUUUUAUUUUUAUGAUUGUUUAUUAACCUGGUACCAAAUGAACUUAAAUAAUAUGGGAAUUAUGGUGAAGUUCCGUAAUGUUAUAUUAAUUAGGUCGAAGGUACGUGCUAGGCUCAGGAACUGAAGAAGGAAGGGGCACUCAGUCCACCAUCCAACUGCUGUACCUCCCACAAACAAAUCACUUACUACUUUAUAAUUUUCUUAUUUAAUAGUUUCUGUUAUAUUUUCUUUAUUUCCAAGGCAAAUUAGAGCAAAGAAAUUAUAUUUCCACAACUUUUAUAGUUUCUUAUGUAACAAACACUGCGGCAGUCGGCGCUCACUGUGAAUUAUGAAUAUUUGACUGCAAAAUUAAAAAAAAGGUACUACUGUAUAGUAAUAUAGAUACCUGUAUUUGCCAAUUUAAAAUGCAAAUUAUCAAGACUCCACUGUACAGUAAUUACUUAUUAUAAAAAAAAAUUAUUAUACAGUCAACCCUCGCUUUACGCGGUCCCACUUUACGCGUUUCCACGUUUACGCGGUACCCUGCCGAACAC